AUGACCGAAGACGCAAGCAAUCCCUCCGACCACGAGAGCCUGUACUCGCCUGGCGCAACACUCUGGCUCGUUCCACAUGUGCCGCCAAGGCCAUACGGCAAGAGCCAUUAUCCUGAUCCACACAAUAUGACAACCGAUGAGAUGGGCUCACCUGGAGAGGACUUGGCGUCUUCCCAGAUGGACCAAGCCUUCAAAUAUCCGCCUCACGACUUUGACGCAAUGAAGCAGGGCGAUGAGGAUACUUGGGUCCAACUCGAAGUCAUAGAGGUCCUUGCCGGCGGCGUCGGUAAGGGCUACUCGCGCGGGCCCCAGAAACUCAAGUGCAGAGUGCUCAAGACACCAUUUGUUGCCAUGGACAAAAAGAGAUAUGAGCCAAUUAACUUCGGGGAUUUGGUCGUCGCCAAGGUGCAUGAUCCCUUGUUUUACCCCCGAGUCGGCCAAGGCGUCAACAUCGUCUACAAGGUGACGACCCGGGCUGACAUGGGGCUGAGCGACGAGACCGGCGCCUACAAACAUCUCUUUGAGAAGGGCAUCACUGGGGAUCCUCACCUUACCCCCCAGUACCACGGUACCUGGACAGCGGCAGUCAAGAGCACGAAACCCAAGUUCAAUGGUCGGACUCGGCAUGUCGGCGUCGUCCUCGUCGAAUACAUCGACGGUGUUUGCUUGGAGCGACUUCUCUUCCGCAGCCACGAUGGUGCAGCGUUCCCCCGUCCGGGCCCAGUGAAGGUUUCCAGCACAAGCGAUCCCAUCGAGCUGACGCUGGAGUUCCGUCUGGAUACGAUGGCGCAGUUGCUGGGGGGCUGCUGUCGCCAGUAUCAUGACGGCGUCACGCACUGCGUCGUCGCGCCCGAGAACGUCAUCGUCUCGGUUCGCAAGGACAGUCAAAAGCCUCGAGUCGCGCUUGUGGGCUACACAGCUGCCGUGGUGGAUCAUCUAAUGAAAGAACCGACAAGAUUCUACACGUACUACCCCCAUCCACCACAUCCUUUUGUCAGAUUCAGCAUCUUUAGGCUGCAGGCCUUUCUCGGCUGGAUUCCUGCUUCAUGGAAACGCGGAGAUUCAAGGCACACCCCGGACCUCUUCAGGUGGUACUUCGAGAUCUUCGGCGACCUUGACAGCGAUGACUACACUUGCUUCGACAGGCUUGAAGAGCCGCGAGAUAAUCCGAUCUCCAAGGUUGACCCUGGCUUGGGGGAGGCGUUCGGAGCCACGGAUGUUGAUUCACUGAUUUAG